AUGCGUCUGACUUCGACAGUCGUCGCGGGUGCGGUGGCAGCCACUGCGAAUGCCACCUCGCUGUCCGACGUGUGUACUGUGGCCAAUGUGCAAGCGGCCCUUCCAUCCAACGGAACCUUGCUGGGCAUCGACCUGCUCCCCUCGACGGUCACGGCGAGCAACUCCACCUCCGAUACCUACUCCUACUGCAGUGUGACUGUUGCCUACACUCACACCGGCAAGGGUGACGAGGUGGUGCUAAACGUGGCCUUCCCGAGCCCAUCCGACUUUGCGAACCGCAUCUACGUCGCAGGUGGAGGCGGCUACUCGCUCUCCACCGAAACUACCGGUGGUCUGAGCUACGGUGCUGUGGGCGCGGCCACCGAUGCCGGCUACGACGCCUUCGACUACAGCUAUGAUGAGGUCGCUCUCUACGGCAACGGCUCCAUCAACUGGGAUGCGACGUACAUGUUUGGCUUCCAGGCUCUCGGCGAGAUGACCAAGGUGGUCAAGGCCAUCACCCCUAGUUUCUACGGUCUGUCCAGCAGCGCCAAGGUUUACACCUACUUCGAGGGCUGCUCGGAUGGUGGGCGCGAGGGAAUGAGCCAAGUUCAGCGCUGGGGUGAGGAGUAUGACGGCGUGAUUGCCGGUGCGCCUGCGUUCCGCUACGGCCAGCAGCAGGUCAACCAUGUCUUCCCCGCUGCUGUCGAGCACACCCUGGACUAUUACCCCUCGCCGUGCGAGCUGGAGAAGAUUGUGAAUGCCACCAUCGAAGCCUGCGACCCGCUGGACGGUCGCGCCGACGGCGUCGUGUCUCGCACGGAUCUCUGCAUGCUGGAGUUCAACCUCACCUCCGUCAUCGGCGAGUCGUACUACUGCGCAGCGGAGAACAGCACCUCGCUGGGCUUUGGCUUCGGCAAGCGUGCCGAGGGUAGCGAGACAAGCUCCUACCCGGAGCAGAACGGCACCGUCACGGCCCAGGGUGUCGCGGUUGCGCAGGCCAUCUACGACGGACUGCACAACCUGAACGGCGAGCGGGCCUAUCUGUCGUGGCAGAUUGCCGCGGCGCUCGAGGACGCCGACACGGAGUACGACACGACCACCGAGGAGUGGACGCUCGACAUCCCCUCGACUGGUGGCGAGUACGUCGCCCGGUUCAUCCAGCUGCUGGACAUUGAUAACCUGUCGAGCCUCGACAACGUCACCUACGACACGAUGGUGGAUUGGAUGAACACCGGCAUGAUCCGGUACCUGGACAGCCUGCAGACCACCCUGCCCGACCUGACCCCCUUCUACUCCUCCGGCGCCAAGCUGCUGCACUUCCACGGCGAGUCUGACCCGAGCGUCCCCACCGCCUCGUCGGUCCACUACUGGCAGUCCGUCUGUUCCGUCAUGUACGGCGACCUGACCCAGGAGGAGUGCCAGGCGGAGCUGAACGAAUGGUACCAGCUGUAUCUGAUCCCGGGAGCCGCCCACUGCUCGACCAACUCGCUGCAGCCGGGCCCGUACCCGGAGGACAACAUGGAUAUCAUGAUCAACUGGGUGGAAAACGGGGUGAAACCCACGCGUCUCAACGCCACCGUCUCUUCGGGCAAGUACGCCGGCGAGACCCAGAUGCUGUGCCAGUGGCCCUACCGGCCUCUGUGGCAGAACAGCUCGUCCUUUGACUGCGUGUAUGACCAGGCCUCUGUCGACACCUGGACCUACUCUUUCCCUGCCUUUAAGCUUCCUGUUUUCUAA